AUGGCAUUUGGUCAGGGUACUAUAGAGCAGCUGUACCGGGAGCUCGCCGGCGGCCGCCAGCUCAGCGCCAAUCUCCAGGCGCUGCUCGAAGGUCCCCUCGACAGCCGCGUCCAGAAGGAGGCUGUAGAUGUCAGCAGAGAGCUCGGGCGAGUGUUCAUGGUGUCUCUGUACAUGCUGAAGCCUGGCAGCAGCAGCAGCAUCAUACCGGAAGAAGUGGCCAGGACGACGACGCCGGAGACGAGGACCGACGAUAGCAUCUGCCUGCACACUGCGAGGAAGCUUAAGCGCACUAGGAGUGAAGAGGUUCCUCCAAGAAAUGGGAGAGAAGAGGUUAAGAGGACGGAGGUUACACCCUCGCCAUACAAGGAUGGUUUCCUGUGGAGAAAAUACGGGCAAAAGAACAUCCAGGACAGCAAUUACUUAAGGCGAGUAGUGCAGUUUUUAAUUACAUGA